CAUGAUAAAAGAUUGCUCUCUAAUGUCGCGUUAUACGAGAGGAUCUUCACUCCCUCUUAGGAGGAAAUCAAGGAAAGGGACUCUCACUUUGUCAGUACUCUCGCCAGUUAGUCAGCGAGAUGACGCGUAAAGAAGCACUUCCUGUGUUAUCGUUGUUAAUAUUCUGUGCCGCAAUAUUUGAAAGGAACGCUUUCGCAUCGGUCGAAAUCAACGAAAGUGCUACGGGGAAGAAAGGUAUCGAAGGAUGUGUCGAAUGUGGCGAUUACAGGUGUCCGGGAAAUUCUGAGAAAUGUUUACUGGGCUCUGUUCUCGAUCCCUGCGAAUGUUGCGCAAACGGUAUAUGUGCUCGAUUAGAUGGCGAAUCCUGUUGGAAUUCUACUAUUCCCGGAUUGCCCUCCAGACACCGUAACGACGGCCAGUGCGCAAGAAAUUACGAAUGCAGAUUAAGGACGGACCUCCGAGAGCAGGACGAACCACAAGCCAUUUGCGUUUGUAUGGAACAAACGCCGGCGUGUGGCAAUGACAAUAAAACGUACACGACACCGUGCGCGCUGCACGAAGAGGCAAUGAGACGGAAAAGUUCGUCGUUUCUGACGUUGCAGCAUCUUGGCCCGUGUCAAAGCCGUCCGUGGAUUUUAUCUCCGUUGGAGGAUGUUUUGUCGAUGUUUGGCCAACGGCUGGCGUUGAACUGCGAGGCAAAGGGCUUCCCUGUUCCCGAGAUUUUUUGGGAAUUUCACGCGGCAGACGGGAGAACGGUGUUGAAAUUACCAGGCGAAGCACAGGGAGCGACAGUUCACAGCAGCGUCGGCCCCGAACCAUUUACGCGAACAUCGUGGAUGCAAUUACCUCGCGUCACUAAAGAGUAUACUGGCAUGUAUCAUUGCAUUGCCAAAAAUUCGUGGGGCGAAGCCAGUAGUACGUCUUUCGUUUCCAUGUUGGAACGCUAAAUGUAUGUUUUAUAUUAUUAUUAUUAUUAUUUUUUUUAUUAUUUUUACACGUGUAUCGCAUUUUGUAAGAGUUGAAUAAA